AUGAUCAACGUAUUCGUUCUGGGCAUUGCCUACACCCCUCUUGCCCUGUUAUCCCUUAUCCUCAGUGUACCUUCGCUGGUCAUACAGGGACGAGCCCGCAAUUUCCCAACGAUCGUCCUCAUCGCGUGUAUAGCGGUAUUGAACCUACAAAAUGUCGCGAAUGCUUUCAUCUGGCCUGGCUGGGGAGACAACCCAUGGGAAGGACGUAUCUUUUGUGACAUCGAAAUCAGACUGUACGCAGCACUACCCACAGCUGUUGCCGGUGCAGAUGCCUCGCUGUUCCGACAACUCGCCGCUGCUGUACGGACAGACCGAGUUGAUCUUGUGCCAACCAAGGGCCAGCGUUACCGGAAGUGGACGUUCGAUCUGUCGCUUUGCGUUUUGUUCCCCAUCAUCGUCAUGUCGACUCAAUACUUCAUGUCAAACGGAAGGUUCUACGUGGUGGUAGUCAUCGGCUGCACCCCCAGCAUACAAAGCAACUGGGUGGCAUAUUUUCUGCAGCUCGGAUGGGCCCUGCUGAGUGCCUUGAUCGCGACCGUAUACUGCACCAUCGCUGUCGCCCGGGUGGUGCGUCACCGACGGCAAAUCUCCGGGGUGCUGGCGACGUCCGGCAUGAGGACAGAUCGAUACAUCCGGCUGUUUACGCUAGGGGCAGUCGGUCUGGCUCUGUCACUGCCACAUCCAUUGUUGGCGGCAAUUGGUCUCUGGGUCACUGGCUCUACCGGCGAUGCGAUCAGCUGGAGAAAAUCACAUCCACCUUGGUGGGCUGACAUGAUACUGAGAAUGUCAGUGGAUGGAGUCUCUGAACAACUCGUCACGCGUGGGUCCCAGAUCGUGCUCGGGUUUAUUGUCUUUGCUUUGUUUGGACUUGGCAGGGAGGCUAAUUUGUUCUAUUCCACGAUGGUUACCAGGAGCGUAAAGACGAGGUUGCAAGGCCACAAUGCCCAACACGAUCCCUUGCCGCCGAGUCUGGAAGGCAGACCCAACGCAACUGACCAUGUUAGACUUGGCCCUGACGCGGGGACCGGCAUAUCAGGCACACGCAGGAUGGACAACAUCGAGACGGAGCUGUGGCUGGCGGACAACGACGGGGAUCUCGGCUCUGCUCGCCAGCACACGCGAACGGCCACUUGA